CGCAAAUCAAACGGUCACAAUGAUUACUCUCAACGCUCGGCUCCCUACCCCACCUCCACCUCCAGAAGGAAUUCAAGUGAUCGAAGCAGUGCGUAACAGCUGUGAGGAGGUUCGCCGCAGGUACAAUGUUCAAUUGAACGAAGCAGACUGCGAUCAAUUCCUUCGAUCAAUCGAUCCUGUCAAUUAUCAACGACUCUGUAAUGAUCGAGCCAACGGUCGCCGAUUUCCUCUUCAAUUCUCAAGUCCACUCGAUGAGCUCAAUGUCGUUUGUAUGCUAGGCCUUUUGAAUUGCUUGCACGCUCAUCGGGACUUCUUAAGAGAAAAGACUGGCCGUGGCGCAUGGGAGGUUGCGUCUAUCUUUGAUAUUCACUUUGUUGGGGAUUUUAAAGUCAAGCCGACAGUGAGAUAUCUGGUGCUAGGAGCUUAUCUCGGUUCUUCAUCUAUACUCACGACAGCUGGAAUGUUACAAGCCACAACCUCAUCACUUGCAAGCUUAAUCUCCCUACCACUUCACGUUGAACGUCCCAUGGAGCCUGGAUCGCCUAUUACAGUUGGUGAACCAGACAAACAUGCAGUGGAGCUGGUCGAACAACUAGUACAACUUCUUCAUUCGACGGCUCAAGUUCUUCAGCGAGAAUCUUGCCCCGAUCUUGGAAGCUUUGUGGCAAGUCAUGGUCUGAGUGGUGGGGAUGGCGAUAAGCUUUUACGCUUGCUAUUGAAGGCUUUUGAAGGCUUCAGGGACAUGUAUAUUCUCGAUGGCCAACCGGUGUACAUCUUGAAGAAAGCAUUGUUUUUGGUCGAGUCCAUCUCGGCUACCUUUCGUGAUCAAACUGGCUCGAAAACCAUUCCGAUACCAAAGAUAUCAUCUCCCUUACCGAUCCUGGCAGACAACGUAGUACCUACGAUGUUGUUACAUUUCAAGCUUUUGAAUCUAAAGGAUAGCCCCGAUCCCGAGAUUUCAGCAAUUGACUUGGAGUCACCUUCUAGUCUAAAACUUUCUCCGAGAGCCGCAACAAUUCUGCGGGCCUCAAGCGUGGCAUGCUGUCAACAAUUGAUUCAACGUGCUCGGGCGAUGGCUGUUGAUCACGAAUGGCUUGGUAGUAUGACUGAGGAUAGUCUGGAUAGUUACUUAUGGGCAAUUGCUAAAGAUGAUGCUCAAUUGCGUAAACUUGAACGAGUGACAGAGUUAGGAACAGUCAUGUAUUGACUUGGUAAUGCAAAUGUAUCUCAGUCAACCUCAGUCAUUCAAACAUUAGAUACCCCAACAAAAGCUAUAUCCACAUACUCACCUUCCUAUUAGACUGGAUUCAAUUGAACCAAUCCAAGGUAGGUUAGGUCCAUCUAUAUCUCUCUUAGUUCAGAUCUUAUUGCAUCAUUGGCUCUAUGCCUGCACAGUGUUUAUUAUGCUUCUGAAAACUCCAUCAAGGGUUGUUUUUCU